AUGGAUGCCACUUGCCCUGAUAGCCUGAAAAUGGCAAUGAUUGAUAUUUUGAAAAAAUGUGGUGGGCUUCCACUGGCCAUUAUCAGCAUGGCCAGCUUAUUGAGAAACUAUAAUUCAGCAGAUGGAAAAGAUAUGUGGGAAAGAGUUUCCAAGUCAAUUGGAUCUCACAUGGAGAGCCAACCUAGCCUUGAGGGAAUGAGGCAAAUAGUCACAUUCAACUACAACCAUCUGCCUCAUGACAUAAGGUGCUGCAUGAUGUAUUUUAGCAUUUUCCCAGAGGAUUAUAUGGUAAACAAGAAUCGUCUGUUGCAUAGAUGGAUUGCCGAAGGAUUGGUUACUGAGGUGCGGGAGUUGACCCUGCUGGAGGUUGCCCAAGCCUACUAUGAAGAACUUCUCAGUAGGAGUAUGAUUGUUCAGGCAAAAGAGGAAGUUAGAAACGAGGUUAACAUGGAGACAUGCCAAGUGCACGACAUGGUACUUGAGGUCAUGGUGUCCAAAUCACUAGAGGCUAACUUUGUUAGCCUGAUAGGUGGGCAGUACGAAGGGAUGUCAUAUGAUAAGAUUCGUCGCCUCUCUAUCCAUGGUGAAGAGGAACCUGUGGACUUCACAUCCAAAAAAAAGGGUGUGAGGAAUGUGGAGAUGAAUGUAAAACAUGUUCGAUCACUGAGCAUGUUCAAUAAUCAAGGGCACCACGUGCUUGACCGACUGGGUGAAUUCACCCUACUAAGGGUACUUGACCUGGAUCACUGCGAAGGACUACAAAACAAGCAUAUGAGAGAUGUCUGCCGGUUGUACCUUCUUAAGUACUUGAGUAUGAGGGAAACAAAUGUCAGUGUGAUGCCUCCGGAAGUUGGUAAGCUGGAGCAAUUACUGACACUUGACGCGCGUGGCACGCUCCUUGAAGGCCUUCCAGAAACUGCGAUCAAGUUGCUUAAACUUGAGCGCCUGUUUUUUGGCAGCAGCCGUCACUGGGACGUUCUGUGGAUGCCGCCCAGGGGUGUCUCCAAAAUGAAGGCGCUGCGCGAGGUGCUUAAAGUUGGUGUCACAGACGACAUUGAGGUUGUUAAAGAGAUUGGUAAAAUGCAACAGCUGCAACUGAUACACAUCUUCGUGAAAAGGAUCGUACCUAGUGAGGAGGUCCUUCGGGAGCUUGCCAUCUCUCUGAGCAAGAUAUACUCUCUGCGGUCACUCAACAUUGGGCAGAUAGGUAACACGGCUAAUACAUUGGACUUUCUACAUUACGUCUCGCCGCCACGGCUCAUUCGUAAGAUAUGGAUUUCUGGCAGCAUGGGUGGGUUGCCCUCCUGGAUCGGGUCACUCACAUAUCUUGAAGAGUUUGAGCUUUUGUGCGCAUUCCUUGUUGAUGACCAACUAUUCGAAAUUCUGUGCGAGUCCCCCAACCUGAAGAACAUCAUUUUGCACCGUAAUUUCUGGACUCAAAGGGAGAUGUUGCACGGACCUCACACAAGUUUAAGGCGCUCACAAGUCUGUGUGUGUCCCUUGCUGGUGAAUUUCCCGAAGUUCUGCGAUUCGAGCAAGGAGCCAUGA